ACGAUGAGUCAAGACAGGACGGGGGCUGCCAGACUUCAGUAGACGGGCCGACCGCGGUAGGUCCGCGCUCGAGUCAGCGGCGGCCGGAGCGGCUCGGAGAUGCAGGCGGCACGGAUGGCCCCGAGCGUGGGGCGGCAGCUGAGGAGGUUGGGGGUCGGAAGCUCGCGGCCCCGUGCGCCCGUGUGGCAGCCCCCGCCCGGCCCGGCCCGCCGACCCUAUGCCAGCGGGGCCGCUCAGGCGGUUCUGGAGAAGUCCGAUUCCUCCACCCCCGAGGCUUCGACCAGGGAGAAGCAGGCCAAGGCGGAAUCGAAGUCCUUUGCUGUGGGGAUGUUCAAGGGCCAGCUCACCACCGACCAGGUGUUCCCCUACCCGUCUGUGCUCAACGAGGAGCAGACACAGUUUCUCAAAGAGCUGGUGGGGCCGGUGUCCCGUUUCUUUGAGGAGGUGAACGAUCCUGCCAAGAAUGACAUGAUGGAGAAGGUGGAGGAGACCACCAUGCAGGGCCUCAAGGAGCUGGGGGCCUUUGGUCUGCAAGUGCCCAGCGAACUGGGUGGUGUGGGCCUCUGCAACACGCAGUACGCCCGCUUGGUGGAGAUCGUUGGCACGCAUGACCUUGGCGUGGGCAUCACCCUGGGGGCCCAUCAGAGCAUCGGCUUCAAAGGCAUCCUCCUCUUUGGCACAAAGGCCCAGAAAGAAAAAUACCUCCCCAAACUGGCAUCUGGGGAAACCAUAGCUGCUUUCUGUCUAACCGAGACCUCCAGUGGGUCCGACGCAGCCUCCAUCCGAACUUCAGCCGUGCCCAGCCCCUGUGGGAAAUAUUAUACCCUCAAUGGAAGCAAGCUUUGGAUCAGGCAAUCCUCCCCCACCCCCUGCCUUUGUCUCUUCUCCACCUCUUCCCAGUUUCAGGCCCCACUGCUCUGUCCCCCGCACCCUGACUGCCCCUCAUUUUUCCAUAGUAACGGGGGCCUGGCAGAUAUAUUCACGGUCUUUGCCAAGACACCAGUCACAGACGCAGCCACGGGGGCCGUGAAGGAGAAGAUCACAGCUUUCGUGGUGGAGCGGAGCUUUGGAGGUGUCACCCACGGGCCCCCCGAGAAGAAGAUGGGCAUCAAGGCCUCGAACACGGCAGAGGUGCACUUUGACGAGGUACACGUGCCGUCGGAGAAUGUGCUGGGCGAGGUGGGGGCCGGCUUCAAGGUUGCCAUGCACAUCCUCAACAACGGAAGGUUCGGCAUGGCCGCGGCCCUCGCGGGCACCAUGAGGGGCAUCAUUGCUAAGGCGGUGAGUGCCCUGCUUGAGCUCCAGCUGGCCGGAAGCAAGGUCGCCCUGUCCCCCUUCCCCGGGGGGGGGGGCUGUCCCUCCCCUCCCCCUGGGCUCGGGUCUCCGUGCAGCCUGUCCCUCUCCUGGCGGGGAGAAACUGCAGAACCCCACUGCGACACACGGGCUCUCCUCCAGGUGGACCAUGCUGCUAAUCGUACCCAGUUUGGGGAGAAAAUUCACAACUUUGGGCUGAUCCAGGAGAAGCUGGCCCGGAUGGCUGUGCUGCAGUACGUGACUGAGUCCAUGGCUUACAUGGUGAGUGCCAACAUGGACCAGGGAGCCACGGACUUCCAGAUCGAGGCCGCCAUCAGUAAAAUCUUUGGCUCGGAGGCGGCCUGGAAGGUGACCGAUGAGUGCAUCCAGAUCAUGGGCGGCAUGGGCUUCAUGAAGGAGCCUGGGGUAGAGCGCGUUCUCCGAGACCUUCGCAUUUUCCGGAUCUUCGAGGGGACCAACGACAUUCUCCGGCUCUUUGUGGCUCUGCAGGGCUGUAUGGACAAAGGAAAGGAACUUUCUGGACUUGGCAGUGCUCUAAAGAAUCCCUUUGGGAAUGCCGGCCUCCUGCUAGGAGAGGCAGGCAAACAGCUGAGGAGGCGGGCAGGGCUGGGCAGUGGCCUGAGUCUCAGUGCUGUCAUCCACCAGGAGCUGAAUCGGAGUGGAGAGCUGACAGUGAAGGCUCUGGAGCAGUUUGCCGCUGUGGUCGAGGCCAAGCUAAUAAAACACAAGAAGGGAAUUGUCAAUGAACAGUUCGUGCUGCAGCGUCUGGCCGACAGUGCCAUUGACCUCUACGCCAUGGUGGUAGUUCUGUCCAGGGCCUCAAGAUCCCUGAGCGAGGGCCACCCUACAGCCCAGCAUGAGAAGAUGCUCUGUGACAGCUGGUGUAUCGAGGCGGCGGCCCGGGUCCGGAAGAACAUGACCGCCCUGCAGUCUGACCCACAACAACAGGAGCUGUUCCGUAACUUCAAGAGCAUCUCCACGGCCUUGGUGGAGCGAGGCGGCAUGGUCACCAGCAACCCCCUGGGCUUCUGACUGCUGCCCGCCGCCAGGGCCUGGCCCGUGCCUUCUCAAGCCCAGCGCCCCCCACAGGCCCUGGUUCUGCCUUAAAGAGGGCCUGGCCCAGGGCCCCGCUGCUCUCACGGCCUCGCUCUGCCGGGCCUCCUCUUGGCCUCGCUGCCUGCCUCCCUCCCAAAGAAAGGAGCCAGAGGCGUGGGGAGUUUGCCCCUAUUGUUUUAUUUGGUUUUAUACAAGUGACUAAAUAAAUAGAGUAACAAAAGCA